AUUGAGUCCAGACCUGAAGGCGUCGUCCAACACGACUCAGAGCUUCUGGAUGGUAGCUCAAGUCCAACAGGUCUGGAGUCCAUUUUCUUGCUGCUGGAGGAACUCAUCUGCAGCUUUGUGAGACAUGAGCUGAAGAAGAUCCAGGAAGUUUUGGGUCCAAACCAGCCAGAACGUUCAGGAGAUCCGAGGGAGGAUGAGGAGGAGCUGAGUGUUGAGGAAGAGGAGCAGAGCAGAACGUCUCUGAUGAAGAUCGUUGUGUUCUUCCUGAGGAAGAUGAGCCAGGAGAAGCUGGCUGAGCGUCUGCAGAGCAAGCGUCAGAGAAAACAUCAGCUGAAGCUGAGGAAGAGGUUCGAGUGUGUGUUUGAGGGGAUCGCUAAAGCAGGAACCCCGACUCUCCUGAACCAGAUCUACACAGAGCUCUACAUCACAGAGGGAGGAACCGGAGAGGUCAACGAAGAACAUGAGGUCCGACAGAUCGAAGCAGCAUCCAGGAGACCACACGGUCCAGAAACAACCAUCAGACAAGAAGAAAUCUUUAAACUCCCGCCUGGAAGAGAUGGACCGAUCAGAACCGUGAUGACAAAAGGAGUCGCCGGCAUCGGGAAAACAGUCCUAACUCAGAAGUUCACUCUGGACUGGGCCGAAGGCAGAACCAACCAGGACAUCCAGUUCCUGUUCCCGUUCACCUUCAGAGAGCUGAACGUGCUGAAAGAGAAAAAGUUCAGCUUGGUGGAGCUCGUUCAUCACUUCUUCACAGAAACCAAAGGAACAUGGAGGUUUGAUGAGGUCCAGGUUCUGUUCAUCUUCGAUGGUCUGGACGAGUGUCGACUUCCUCUGGACUUCCACAACAACCAGAUCCUGACUGACGUCACAGAGUCCACCUCAGUGGAUGCUCUGCUGACGAACCUCAUCAGAGGGAACCUGCUUCCUUCUGCUCGCCUCUGGAUAACCACACGACCUGCAGCAGCCAAUCAGAUCCCUGCUGAGUGCGUUGCCAUGGUGACGGAGGUCAGAGGGUUCACGGACCCACAGAAAGAGGAGUACUUCAGGAAAAGGUUCAAAGACAAGAAGCAGGCCAGCCGGGUCGUCUCCCACAUCAAGACGUCCCAGAGCCUCCACAUCAUGUGCCACAUCCCGGUCUUCUGCUGGAUCAAUGCUACGGUUCUGGAGGACAUGCUGAAGACCAAAGAUGGACCAGAGCUACCCAAGACUCUGACUGAGAUGUACAUCCACUUCCUGGUGGUUCAGACCAAAGUGAAGCAGGUCAAGUACUACGGAGGAGCAGAGACAGAUUCACACUGGAGUCCAGAGACCAGGAAGAUGGUUGAAGAUCUGGGGAAGCUGGCCUUUGAGCAGCUGCAGGAAGGAAACCUGAUCUUCUACGAGUCGGACCUGACAGAGUGUGGCAUCGACAUCAGAGACGCCUCGGUUUACUCCGGAGUGUUCACACAGAUCUUCAAAGAGGAGCGAGGACUGUACCAGGACAAGGUGUUCUGCUUCGUCCAUCUGAGCGUCCAGGAGUUUCUGGCUGCUCUUCAUGUCCACCUGACCUUCAUCAGCUGUGGGCUCAACCUGCUGGAAGAGAAACAAAUCAACUCUGAAGAAUCAGAACCAAGGAGAGAUUUAUCUGAGACACAUUUCUACAUGACUGCUGUGGACAGGGCGUCACAGAGUCCAAAUGGACAUCUGGACCUGUUCCUCCGCUUUCUCCUGGGGUUUUCAUGUCCUAAAAAUCAGACUCUGCUGCGAGGACUUCUCUCCCAAAAACAACGUGACUCACGGGACCACCAGAACAUAGUCAGUCACAUCAAAGAGAAGAUACGAGAGAAUCCGUCUCCUGAGAAAAGCAUCAACCUGUUCCACUGUCUGAAGGAACUCAAUGAUGGUUCUCUGGUGGAGGAGAUCCAGCAGGUCCUGAGAUCAGGUGGUCUCUCCACAGAUGAUCUGUCUCCUGCUCAGUGGUCGGCUCUGGUCUUCAUCUUACUGUCGUCAGAAGAAGAUCUGGACGUGUUCGAUCUGAAGAAGUACUCUGCUUCAGAGGAGGCUCUCCUGAGGCUGCUGCCGGUGGUCAAAGCCUCCAACAAAGCUCUGUUGACUUGUUGUGACCUCUCGGAGAAGAGCUGUGAAGCUCUGUCCCUGAUCUUCAGCUGCUCGUCCUCCAGUCUGAGAGAGCUGGACCUGAGCAACAACAACCUGCAGGACUCAGGAGUCCAGCUUCUGUCUGCUGGACUACAGAGUCCACACUGCAAGCUGGAAGCUCUCAGUCUUUCAGGUUGUCUGAUCACAGAUGAAGGUUGCACUUCUCUGGCCUCAUCUCUGAGGUCCAACCCAAGCCAUCUGAAGGAGCUGGACCUGAGCUACAACUACCCAGGAGACUCAGGACUGAAGCUAUACAGAAGGAAAAAAAAUCUGGUGGACCACGGUGGAGAACGGAGGCUAGAACCCGGUCUGAGAAAGUAUUUCUGUGAACUCGAACUGGACCCGAACACAUUAAACCCAAACCUCAGACUUUCUGAGGACACCAGGGUAGUGACGCUGGUGGAGGAGAAGCAGCCGUAUCCCGAUCACCCGGACAGGUUCGACUGCCGGAUCCAGCUGCUGUGUAAGAACGCACUGACCGAUCGCUGCUACUGGGAGGUGGAGUGGAGCGGAGGAGUUUACAUAUCUGUGAGUUACAGAGGGAUGAGGAGGGGAGGGAACAGUGACAACUGCAUGUUCGGGUGGAACGAGCAGUCCUGGAGUCUGAACUGCUCUGAUGACGACGGCUACUCUCUGUGGCACAACAACCAGAGAACAUCCGUCCCCUCGUCGGUCCUUCACAGAGUAGCAGUGUAUUUGGACUGGCGUGCUGGGAUCCUUUCAUUCUACAGCAUCUCCAAAAACACCCUGAACCACCUUCACACCUACAACCACCACUUCACCGAGCCUCUGUAUCCUGGUUUUGGGUUUCGGUCUGGGUUCUCCGGCUGGUUGGGUUCCUCAGUGUCUCUGUGUUCUCUGUAG